AUUCCAGCCUUGGCCACUCCUAGUUUUGUUUCUCAGACAGCAAACAAAAAACCGCUGAGCCAGCAUGGGGUUUCGGGAAGCCACGUGACCUCCCCACCGGCUCUCCUCGACCCUGCCCGAGGUGGACACCAUGGACCCGCUGGUGGCUCUGCUCUGCCUGCUGCCCCUGUGCCCAGGCCUGGCAGCCACGGCCACCUCCUGUCCUCGGAACGUGAACAUCACCGGCGGCAGCUUCACCCUCAGCCAGGGCUGGGCCCCCGGGAGCGUCCUCACCUACUCUUGUCCCCCCGGUAGCUACCCGUCCCCCGCGUCCCGGAUGUGCAGGAGCAAUGGACGAUGGCAGACCCUGGGACCCACUGGGAGCUCCAGCCGGGCCAUGAAGGCCACCUGCAGACCCAUCCACUGCCCCGCCCCGGUCUCCUUUGAGAACGGUAUGUUCUCCCCGCGGCUUGGGGCAUACCCCGUGGGCGCCAACCUGAGCUUUGAGUGUGACGAAGGCUUCACGCUGCGCGGCUCCCCGUUGCGCAGCUGCCGCCCCAACGGCGUAUGGGACGGGGAGACCACCGUGUGUGACAACGGGGCUGGCCACUGCCCCAACCCGGGCACCUCGGUGGGUGUGGUUCGGAAGGGGUCCAGCUUCUGCCUGGGGGACAAGGUCACCUACAGCUGUGCCUCUGGUCUGGUGCUCACGGGCUCUGCCCAGCGCGAGUGCCAGGACAGCGGUGUCUGGAGCGGGACGGAGCCCCUGUGCCGCUAUCCCUACUCCUAUGACUUCCCUGAAGACGUGGCCCCCGCCCUGGGUACCUCCCUGUCACACCUGCUGGGAGCCACCAACCCCACCCAGAAGAAAGAUGAAAAUGUGGCCCGAAAGAUCCAGAUCCAGCGCUCAGGCCACCUGAACCUGUACCUGCUGCUGGAUGCCUCAAAAAGUGUGUCGGAGGAGGACUUCGAGAUCUUCAAGCAGAGCGCCUCCUCCAUGGUGGACAGGAUCUUCAGCUUCGAGAUCAAUGUCAGUGUGGCCCUCAUCACCUUUGCCUCAGAGCCCAACAUUAUCAUCUCCAUCCUGAGCGACAAGGCCCAGGACGUGACCGAAGUGAUCUACCAUCUGGAAAACGCCCAGUAUAAAGGUCAUGAAAACGGCACCGGGACGAACAUCUACAAAGCCCUGUACAGCGUCUAUAUCAUGAUGAACAACCAGAUGGCCCUCCUUGGCAUGGAGACGAUGGCCUGGCAGGAGAUCAGACACGCCAUCAUCCUCCUGACGGAUGGAAAGUCCAAUAUGGGGGGCUCACCCAAGCCGGCCGUGGACGGAAUCAAAGACAUCCUGAACAUUAAGCAGAACAGGAAUGACUACCUAGAUAUCUAUGCCAUCGGGGUGGGCCAGCUGGACGUGGACUGGGCGGAGCUGAACCAGGUGGCGUCCCAGAAGGAUGGGGAGAAGCACGCCUUCAAGCUGCCCGAUGCUGCCGCGCUACGCCAGGUCUUCGAGCACAUGCUGGACGUCUCCAGGCUCACAGGCACCAUCUGCGGGGUGGGGAACAUGUCAGCCAAUGCCUCUGACCAAGAGCGGGCACCCUGGCAUGUCACCAUCAAGCCCAGGGGCCAGGAGACCUGCCGUGGGGCCCUCAUCUCUGACCAGUGGGUGCUGACAGCGGCUCACUGCUUCCUCCAGGCCAAGGACCACUCCAUGUGGAGGGUCAUCGUGGUGUUAUUCCCAGGGGAUCCUGGCUCCAGGUGGGGCAAAGAGUUCCUUAUUGAGAAGGAAGUGAUCCACCCCGGGUUUGAUGUCCGUGCCAAGGAGGGUCAAGGCAUCCUGGAGUUCUACGGUGAUGACAUUGCCCUGCUCAAGCUGGCCCAGAAGGUGAAGAUGUCCACUCACGCCAGGCCCAUCUGCCUUCCCUGCACCAUGGAGGCCAACAUGGCUCUGCGGAGGUCCCAGGGCAGCACCUGUCGGGACCACGAGGCAGAGCUGCUGACCCCGAAGAUUAUCCCUGCCCAUUUUGUGGCCCUGAAUGGCAGCAAACUGAACAUGAAACUCAGGACAGGGACUGAGAGGGCGAGGUGUAUCGAGGUUGUUUCCCAGGACAGGAAAACAUUCCCCAACCUGACGGAUGUUGGAGAGGUGGUGACAGACCAGUUCCUAUGCAGCGGGAUGGAGGGUGACGCCAACCCCUGCAAGGGAGAAUCUGGGGGAGCAGUUUUCCUGGAGCGCAGGUUCAGAUAUUUCCAGGUCGGCCUGGUGAGCUGGGGCCUCUACAACCCCUGCUACGGUGCUUCCGAUAAGAAUGUGCGCAGGAAGGCGCCCCGAGGUGCCCCGCCGCCACGAGAUUUCCACAUGAACCUCUUCCGCCUGCAGCCCUGGCUCAGGCAGCACCUGGAGGGCGUCCUGAACUUUCUGCCGCUUUAAUCAGGGUGGCCACGUCCUUGGCUGUCUGGCUAGCCUCUGCCAUCUCUCUUGUCUUCUACCUCCAAAUGCCCACUGGCAGGGCCUGUGCCCCAUCAUCUCCUCUCGAGGCAAAGACCCUGGGCCUGGGGCCCAGAAGCGCUGGGGUGCCCCGAGCCCAUGCCGGUGUGACCAUCCCUAACCACUGCCCCCUGCCUGGCCUGUGCUCAAAACCUCCCCUGGGAUAGUCGGAUCCUUUUCAUUUCACAUGGAAUUCCCCACUUAUGAAAUUAAUAAAAUGCUAAGAUUUCCACA